AUGUCUAUAGUAUCACUACUCGGCAUUAACGUGCUCAAUAAUCCUGCAAAAUUCACUGAUCCUUACGAAUUCGAAAUCACUUUUGAAUGCCUUGAGUCUUUGAAAAACGACCUGGAGUGGAAACUGACCUAUGUGGGUUCGUCUCGCAGUUUGGAGCAUGACCAAGAACUAGAUUCUAUCCUUGUGGGACCGGUUCCUGUGGGGGUAAAUAAGUUUGUAUUUACCGCAGACCCACCAUCACCUGAGCUCAUUCCUGCAAGUGAGCUUGUUAGUGUAACUGUCAUCCUUUUAAGCUGCUCUUAUGAUGGUCGGGAGUUUGUACGUGUUGGCUACUACGUGAAUAAUGAAUACGACAAUGAGGAGAUGAGAGAAAAUCCGCCGGCCAAAGUUCAAGUAGAACAUGUUGUGAGAAACAUACUUGCAGAAAAGCCAAGAGUGACCAGAUUCAACAUUAUUUGGGAUAACGAACAAGAAGAAGAAUUCCCUCCAGAACAGCCAGAAAUCGAUGAGGAGGAGGAAGAGGACGACGAAGAGGAAGAAGAAGAGGAUGAAGAAGAGGUAGACGAGGAAGACGAGGAAGACGAUGAGAGUGAAACUGGAAGACAAAACAAGAAGAGGAAAUUGGAAGAUGAUGAAAAUGAAGAAGAGGACGAGGACGAGGCCGAGGAAAUUGAUCUAGAAGAUGAAGAUGACGUCGACGAAGAGCAAAAUGAAAUAGAAGAUGAGGUCGUGAAUGUGGCUGAGGAAAAAGACACGGAGAAAGAGCAAACUGUUGAAACUGUACCAACUCCUCAGGAUACAACAGCUACAUCGCCUGAUGUAAAAUGA